UCCUGCUUCUGUGAACCAACGUCUCUCUUCCUCUUUAGAUCAGUGCUGUUGCCAGCCAAGAGCAGCUUUAUGCAUCCUAAGAGAAAGACACAGACUAUACACAACUUCACAGCAGUCUGAGGCUAAAGUGGAAAAUGAAGUUCAUUUGGUGUCUUCUCUCUCUGUUGGCCCUGCUCCCGGUGACUACAGGCAUCGACCCUGGAGUUGAAGUCAAACUUACUCAGAAAGGACUUGAAUAUGGUAGACAGAUGGGAAUUGCCUCGAUCCAGAAGAAGCUCAGCAGCAUCAAACUGCCAGACAUAAGUGGCACGGAACACGUGGAUCCGAUUGGAAAAGUCCAGUAUAGUUUUACACGGAUGCAGAUUGUGAACCUGGGACUGCCAACAUCAGCACUGGGUUUAGUUCCUGGAACUGGAAUAAGUCUCUCAAUUGACAACGCCUUCAUUAACAUGCAUGGCAACUGGAGAGUCAAAUACCUCAGGAUUAUAAAAGACAGUGGAUCGUUUGAUCUGGCUGUGAGCGCGCUGACCAUUAGAACCACUAUAGCAGUCACGAGUGAUGAAACUGGACGUCCAUCCAUCAGCAUGACCAGCUGCACUGCAGACGUGGGGAGUGUCAAAGUCAAAUUUCAUGGUGGGGCCAGCUGGUUAUAUAACCUCUUCAGCUCCUUCAUUAAUAAAGCUCUACGCGGUGCCCUGCAGAAACAGAUCUGCCCCCUGGUGGCUGAGUCCAUUGCUGAUGUAAACCCCUACCUGAAAACAUUAAAUGUUGAAGCCAAAGUAGACAAGUAUGCUGAGAUUGAAUACUCCAUGGUGGGCUCUCCUGUGAUCUCGAAUGCUUCUGUUGACAUUGGUUUAAUGGGUGAAUUUUACAACAUCGGACAACACAAAGAACCCCCCUUCUCCCCAGCACCUUUCUCACUGCCUUCCCAGAACACUAAUAUGCUCUAUAUUGGAGUUUCUGCCUUCACCAUCAACUCAGCAGGUUUUGUUUACCACAGUGCUGGUGCUCUAAGCCUCAAUAUCACUGAUGACAUGAUUCCUUCUAGUUCUCCAAUUCGUCUGAAUACCAAGACAUUUGGAACGUUCAUCCCUCAGAUUGCUAAAAUGUAUCCUGGUCUGAUGAUGAAGCUGCUGGUUAAGACAGUGAAGCAGCCCUUCAUUACUAUUCAACCCAACAACGUGACUGUUCAGACGAGCGGUUUAGUGACAGCAUAUGCCAUUCAGCCCAACGGCACGCUGUCCCCACUGUUUGAUCUCAAUCUGGAUGGCAGCAUCAGCGCUAGUGUAUAUGUGACUGAGCUCAAACUAGCAGGAUAUUUGACCCUUAACAAAAUUGAUAUGAGCUUAGCAAAAAGCUAUGUGGGACCAUUUCAGGUCACAUCUCUUGAGAAUAUCUUCACAAUGGUCUUGAAAGUUGCUGUGAUGCCCAAGGUUAAUGCACGUUUAAAAGAAGGUUAUCCACUUCCCACUAUUGGAAAGAUGCACCUUGUGGAGACGCAGUUUCAGGUUUUGAAAGACUACUUGUUGGUUGGAACAGACGUUCAGUUUACAGAAUAGAGCUCACCUGAUGUGACCAGAGUUUUAUUAAGAAAAAUGUUCGUCAUUGAAGAAAAUGUGUUUGAUUAUCUAAAAUGUGCUUUCUAGAAAAAUCAAUAGCGCUUAUUCAAUUCCUGUUUGAUCUUUAUUUUAUUGAUCAGUUUAUUUGACGUUUACUCUAUAAUAAAUUUUUGAGGAAGUUCCACUUCAAAAACUGGAUUUAUUCUUUUUCUGUAUAUUGUGAAUGAAUAAGGCCUAUUAGGGCUUUCCAAUGAUGGAUUUUUCUUCCUGUCUUUUGAAAAACAACUUGCUCUGAUUGGGCUCUUUUGCUAGGUUUGAAUGUAACCUUCAUACUCUGGAUAAGUACCCAGAGAAAUGCUAAAAUAUAAUAAAGCUGAACAAGUGUACUGCUUUACUAUUGUAACAAAUUUCCAAUUAAGAAAUAAGGAUACAUCAUACAAAGAAACAAAAUAUCCUACAAACAAACCACAAACUCUACUCUCGUUAGUCUGUAAGUCUUUUACAAUUAAAAUAUACUUACAGGCUGCGAAUCUGAAGCGACAGACUGUCCUUGCGAAGUUGUAAUGGUUGGAAUUGCCCCACUUCUUAAAAGCUUUCGAGCACAGGCAGCCUUGAUCUUUCCCAGGUUCAUGAAGCAAUCAUCUGUGAAAUGCGCUGAAUAUUCCGAUUGUACUG